GUCUCUUAAAAUAAACUAACCAAAUUGAGCACUCGUUCAUCAGGGCAGACUCUGUCUCGUGGAUCAGGAGGCAAUUCGAAUGUUUACUCACUCCGAGGAAUUUCGAGCCUGGUCUGCUGAAGAGCGGAGGACAAAUACCAGUUAUUCUGUUCAUUAUUGGACUGUUUCUUUUUUCCACCCGGAGACACCGCUGCCCUUUGCAUCGAGUGCUAAGGAGAGACCGACUCGCUCGCGUGCCCAUAUAAAUGCGCACUCUCUCGCGGACAUCUACAACAGCACCUCGGGCAGCAGGAUGAGCUCGUGGGUUUUGCUGCUGGUUUGCCUACUGGCCGCGUGUUUGCGGUUUGGUGCCACCGAGGGUGAUGUCCUCCCUUCAUCUUUGGUGGAUUUGGUCAGGAACAGUCCCAUACAGGAACUGCAGAUGCUGCUGCUCUCUGACUCCGUAGUGGACUCCGAUUCAGACAGUCCAAAAACCAACGACAUCAUGAAUCGCCUGCCCAGGAGUCUGGAGGCAGUGGCGGCACAGCAGGCUGUGUGUAAAGUGAGGACUGAGGUGGUGGAGGUGACCAGAGCCAUGCUGGACCGUACCAAUGCUGACUUCCUCCUCUGGCCGCCCUGUGUGGAGGUCCAACGCUGCUCAGGCUGCUGCAACACCAGGAACCUACAGUGUGUUCCCGUGACCACACACACACGCCACCUACAGGUGAUGAAGAUUCAGUACGUGAGGAAGAGGCCGGUAUAUGAUAAGGCAGUAGUGUCUGUGUUUGAUCAUGUGGAAUGCCAAUGCCAACCACGCAGGAAACACACACACUCUGUCAGAGAGAAACACACCCACUCCGGCAGCGAGAAAGAGAGAGUUGCUAAAAGUCAGAGUGUGGAGCAGCUCAAACUUCACCAGCUGGAGGCACUGUGGAGUCAGCCCUGGGACUCCAGCAAACACCACAUGUUUAUCAAUAAUAAUGGAUCUAAACAAACAAACUACACCGCAACUAAACAAACGGACACACACUUUACACAUCCAAAUCACACGGUGUCUUCAGAACCAGAGGAAGAGGAAGAGAAGGAGGGAGGGAUGGAGAGAAGAUCUGAGCAUAACGAGGACGCCAAGGAGCAAACCAGUCAAAAUCAGGCUCAGGGGAGCAACCUGGCCAAUCAGACAUCAGAAAAUAAGCAGAGACACAAAGACACAGCCAAUCAGAGGCUGGAUGACAGAGUCAGCCCUUCAGAGAUGACUGGUCAAAACUGUGGGCAAAAGCCAAACUCUGUAGAAGAAGCCAAUCAGAGCUUAGGACAGCAACACAACCAUGUAGAUGUUACCAAUGAGAGAGAAGACCACAGACUGACUGAUUUAGAGACAACCAAUCAGAGUCUUAGAGACAAUGAGACUCCGCCUUCAGUGAAGAGUUCACACACACUGGAGUCAGAGCGACAGGCUCUGGAGGAGGAGAAAUCGGAGCUGCUGUCUCUCCAUAGACGACUAGAUGAAGAAAGAAAACUCCUAAAACAACAGCAUAGAGAUAAACAGCAAACUUACACAACGACACUACGCACGGUGUCUGGUUCCUCUAGACCAGUGCGACCAGCUCCUCCACGUUCUGCACCCAAGACCCCAGUACGAACCCCCAGGAAACGACAACGCAAACACAGACAUCGCAUCAGCAAAGCAGCAAUGAGGGCUAUGUUAAUGUAGAAAACACACACCUGAACAGGGGCGAUGGAGGUGGAACAGACGGUUUUUU